AUGAAUUUCGAAAUUAUUAGUGAUAUAAUAAAAAAUGAUAAACAAUUUAAUUUUAGGGAUUAUUAUGGGUACCUAUCAAACAAAGAAAUUACAUGGAAAAAUUAUAAUCAACUUUACCCAUUUCCAAAAGAGAAUAUAAUUUCAGUUUUAUAUAGCUUAGCAAGGAAACAUAAUAUCUGCACAAAAAAUGUUCACCACUCUAUUUGCCUAAUUCAAAGAUAUUUAGGAUUGGUAGAGUUUAAUAAUUAUAGGGUUAAUUAUAAAAAAAGUGGGAAUGAAAAUAUAAAUUCAAAAAAAUAUAGUGAUAUUCAGCUUUCAAUUUGUGCAUUAAAUAUUAGUUGUAAAUUAAAUAAUGUAAUAUGGUGCAAAACCGAAGGGUUUAAACUUAUCGUUUCAACAUAUUUUAGCAGUAUCAACGAGUAUCAGAAGUAUGAAAUCGAGUUUUUAAACAUUAUCAGAUUUUAUUUAACAGUACCUUUAAUCAGUGAUUUCGUUGGUGUUAUUAUUGAUGGUUUUUAUUUAAACGAUAGACCUACAACAGAAUCAAAUUAUAACGAAAUCAUUGACUUCAUUUAUUAUAACCCAAACCAAUUUUUAACGAAACCUUUCACUCUCAUUGCACUGUCAGUACUAUGUAUAACAUUUUCAAUUAACGAUUAUAAACUAUUAAAAUAUUAUAUAAAGUGGGCCACAAACAUUUCAAAUUAUACAUAUCAAGCAAUUCAAAUAGAGGUAGAUAAGAUUGUAAAUACAAUAUUUAAAGAUAAAAUGACAUUAAAUAUUUUCAAAGAUCAAAUCUGGCUACAAAAUUCAAGAGAAUAA